UCUAAGCACAUCUGUGAAAUCAUAGGAUUACACUCAAGAAAAAUAAACAUGGCUAUUAAGUCGAUCCUCGUCAUUAUGGCAGCUGGAACGUUCGUUCUAUGUCACGGCGGAACUAUUCCAUUACCUGUUGCUGCUGUAGCUCCAGCAACGGAUUACGAUCCUCAUCCACAAUACACCUACGCUUACGAUGUAAGCGACAGCUUGACGGGUGAUUCGAAGAGUCAACACGAAAGCAGAAAUGGCGAUGUUGUUAGUGGCAGUUAUAGUUUGAUCGAAGCUGAUGGUACCAGACGAGUCGUCGAAUACACAGCUGAUCCAAUUAAUGGAUUCAACGCUGUCGUCCAUAGGGAACCUGUAGCCCUUAUCAAACCAAUAGUUCCCGUUGCUCCAGUUGCUCCAAUUGCUUACCGUCAUUGACGGAUUAUCUAUCCUAGACAAAAAAAUAUAAAUAUAACUGAUUCCAUUAUUUCUCUAUACGAUUAGUCACGCUUGACUCUGCAUUUUUCUUUGGCUAAUAUUUUCUUCGUGUAAUAUAACGAAGAUACAAAAUUUGCGAUAUAUAUUGCGAAUGCUUGCCACGAAUCAUCGUGAUCUUCUUUGUACGAAAAUUUAUAUGGUUUUUAUUAGAAACUAAGAGAAUUAAAACUGCUCGUCGGUAAUGAGAA